AUGGUCCCCAAAGAAGAAUUCCAGUACCCAGGGAUUGUCAAGCUGCUCCUGCACUUCAGAUGGACAUUCACUGGUCUCAUCGCUCCAGACACUGACAAUGGAGAGGGGUUCAUGAAGACCUUGAGGCCUCUGCUCCUCAGGAGUGGCAUUUGUGUUGCCAUCUCAGAAAGCUUCCCACGAUUGAAUACACAUGACAUCCAGAUCAAACCAUUUCCAUUUCUCAAAUGGAGACAAGUCCAUGUAUUUGUUUACUAUGCUGACCCUAUUUAUAUCUCAGCAGGAAUAUUCACUGUACAAAAAAUAUUCGACACAUUUAUAAAGCCCAUUGAAGGGCAAGUCUUGAUCACCACAGCUAUGUGGGACAUCUCUUUGGACUUAAUGUACAGUGGCCUAUCUUUCCAACACAUCCAUGGUAUUUUUUCCUUCUUUAUUGAGACAAAUAAAAAUAUAAACUAUGAUGAUUUUUUACCCUUUUUCUUCACUAUCAAGGGGCUUGAGGAGAAAGCUUUUAAUUGUUCCUAUUCAAAGCAUGCAUUGUCAGUGAAAGGUUGGACAAGAUGCAGAGAGAGAGAGGACCUGGAUAUGCUGCCCCAAGAAUAUCUGGAAAGGAUCCUCUCUCUAGACAGCUACAGGAUUUACAACACUGUCCACGCCAUGGCACGGGCCUUAGAUGUUGCUUAUUCAUCUAGAUCUAAAUGGAAGAUGAAGGACAGGCUGGAAGUUCAAAGGCUAAAGCCAUGGGAGACCCUGCCUUCUUCCAGGUGUGUGGAAAGCUGCCGCCCUGGAUCUGUCAAGGUGGUUCAGGAAGGAAAUCCACUUUGCUGCUACGACUGCGUUCCCUGCGGGGAAGGGACCAUCUCCACUCUGGAAGAUGCAGAGUGGUGCACCAAAUGUCCAGUAGAUCAGCAUCCAAACAAGGACAAAGAUCAGUGUAUCCCCAAGACUAUCACCUUCCUGGCCUAUGAAGAUUCUUUGGGGAUCCUCCUGGCUUCUCUCAUCCUGUUCUUGUCCUUGACCACAGGCUUUGUUUUAGGUACUUUCAUUGCAUUCCAAGAAACUCCGAUAGUCAAAGCCAACAACCGGGACCUCUCCUACAUCCUCCUCGUCUCCCUCCUGCUUUCCUUUCUGUCCUCCUUCCUCUUCAUCGGCCACCCAAGAAAAGUGACCUGUCUUCUCAGACAAACAGCCUUCAGCAUGAUCUUCUCAGUUGCUGUCUCUUCUGUGUUGGCAAAAACCAUCACUGUAGUGCUGGCCUUCCUAGCCACAAAGCCAGGGAACAGAGCGAGGAGAUGGCUGGGGAAGGGUCUGGCCAACUCCAUUGUUAUUUCCUGUUCCAGUGCCCAAGUUAUCAUCUCCACCAUCUGGUUGAGAAUCUCUCCCCCAUUUCCAGAGUCUGACAUGCACUCCCAGCCUGGAGAGAUCAUCCUGCAAUGCAAUGAAGGGUCUGUCACCAUGUUUUAUGUUGCUCUUGGCUACAUGGGCUUCCUGGCUGCCAUCUGCUUCGUGGUGGCUUUCCUGGCCAGGAAGCUGCCUGGGGCCUUCAAUGAAGGCAAGCUGAUCACCUUCAGCAUGCUGGUCUUCUGCAGUGUUUGGGUCUCCUUUGUGCCCACCUAUCUGAGCACGAAGGGGAAAUAUAUGGUAGCCGUGCAGAUCUUCUCUAUCUUGGCCUCCAGUGCUGGCCUUCUGGGCUGCAUCUUCAUGCCCAAGUGCUACAUUAUUGUACUGAGGCCUGAUCUGAAUACAAAGAUGCAUUUAACAACAAAAACAAAGGCAGAAAUCUGA